GGCGGCUGACCCCGGGCCUGGGUCAGUGAGCGGCCCUCGGCCCCCGCCAAGCCUGCGAUUCCCACCCGCAGCUGGUGCGCUGCUCACGGGGGGUCGACCCCCGGCGAGGUCCCCGGCGCUUCCCUUGGGGUGGACCCUGCGGCAGGUUUUCUAUCAGAUGUCCUACUGUAAUAAUGCUGGAGUUAAGAAGUUUCCGUUCCUUUGCUCCAAAUCAGAGCAGUUUGUUCUCUGCAUACAGAAAUGGAGUGAUAUUUAAAAAGAGCUGGCUCUUGGUAGAUGUUUAAAACUGGAUUGGAAUGAUCUAAGCUCUGUGCUGAAGUAAGGUCAGUUGCACUGCAUAUACUAAUUUGGGGUAACCCAAAUCCAUUACUGAGACCAUGAAAAUUUUGUUGGUGUUUGACUUCGACAAUACAAUCAUAGAUGACAAUAGUGACACCUGGAUUGUGCAAUGUGCUCCAGACAAAAAACUUCCUGUUGAACUAGAAGAUUCUUAUGAGAAAGGAUUUUGGACAGAAUUUAUGGGCAGAGUGUUUAAGUACUUGGGAGAAGAAGGUGUAAAAGCCGAAGAAAUGAAGAGAGCAGUGACGUCGAUGCCUUUCACUUUUGGGAUGGCAGAACUCUUCAGCUUUAUAAGGAAGCAUAAGAACAAAUUUGACUGUAUCAUUAUUUCAGAUUCAAAUUCUGUCUUCAUAAGUUGGGCUUUAGAAGCUGCUAAUUUUCAUGAUGUCUUUGAUAAGGUGUUUACAAAUCCAGCAGCAUUUGAUAGCAAUGGUCAUCUCACUGUGGAAAAUUACCAUGCUCAUUCUUGUAAUAGGUGCCCAAAGAAUCUCUGCAAAAACGUAGUUUUGGAAGAAUUUGUAGAUAAACAGUUAAAAGAGGGAGUGAAUUACACACAAGUUGUUUACAUAGGUGAUGGUGGAAAUGACGUCUGUCCAGUAACCUUUCUGAAGAAGAAUGAUGUUGCCAUGCCACGAAAAGGAUACACCUUACAUAAAACUCUUUCUAGAAUGUCUCAAAAUCUCCAGCCUAUGGAAUCUAAUGUUGUAGUCUGGUCUUCCGGUCUUGAAAUAAUUUCCCAUUUACAGUUUCUAAUAAAAGAGUAAUAUGCCAACAACUAAAA